AUUUCAGACUGUUGAUACCCGCUAUCAACAUAUAAUAUACUGCAUAUUUCAUCCAUUAUCAGAAAAGAUUAUUCGAUUCACAGAGGGUGAAUAAAAUUGUCUCCUUCUUUUCACACUCGUUCACUUGUAAGGUAGAGAAAUGGCAUCCGAUCAGAAGGAAAAAGUUCUUCCAGAGUACCAAAGCACGCCCGCUGGAUUUCGCAUAGCAAAAAUGUUCUCAAUCGACGCUUUCAAGUCAGCGCUCACCUAUGAACCUCGACCCGAUGACUUCUUCAUUGUGACUUAUCCGAAAUGCGGGACCACCUGGGCUCAGAACAUUGUGGGCUGCAUCUACAGGGAAGGAAAGCCUUUUGCUUCUGCUUUGGAGUUUCUGAGCAAUUCUCCUUUUCUGGAGAUGGCGGGAGCGGAAGCGGUGAAGACUAUGAAAAGACCAGGGGCCAUCAAGUUACACUUACCAUUUAGGGUGACACCAUGGUCUCCUCAUGCAAAGUACCUUGUUGUGGCCAGAAAUCCUAAAGAUUGUUGUGUUUCGUUCUAUCACCACACAAAGAACAUCAUAGGAUAUAAAUUUUCGAAUGGAAAAUUCGAAGACUAUUUUGAUUUGUUCAUGGAAGGAAAAGUGGAUUACGGGGACUAUUUUGAUUUUCUUCAGGAAUGGUAUGAUCACAGAAAUGAUGAGAAUGUCUUGUUCCUCACUUAUGAGCAGAUGAAGAAAGACACGAGGCAGUGUGUUUUAAAGAUAGCAGAGUUUAUGGGCCAGAAAUACAAAGCUAUGUUGGAACAUAACGAAACCAUGUUGAAUGAUGUGAUCAAAUACAGCAGCUUUGAUUUCAUGAAGCAAAAUCUAAACCAACAGGUGGCAGAGCUGGCAGCUCUCCCACGUGAGUUUGUUCUAAACCAUCCUGACAUUCCUCAGGGAUUGAAGGAACUUUUAGGUGGAGAGGACAAAUUUUUCGAUCCAAGUCCAAACAGCACCACUUUUGUCCGAAAAGGAAUUGUUGGAGAUUGGAGAAAUCAUUUUACGCCCGAACAGAACAAAAGAAUGGAACAAAAAUUCUGGGAACGAACAAAAGGAACAGAUAUUCCAGAACUUUGGAAGGAUAUAUUUGAAAAACCAUAAAAUUUCAAUAAAAUAUUUGUUUUUUUCCAAAAACCA